AUGGCACUCCUACCUGUGCCCGGAAUUCCGGAGAGCGGCAGCAUUGAGGGAGACUUCUGGGAAUUGCACCGUCAACUAGGGGAAUGCUACGCACGCGACGUGCAGCCCAAAGGGGAGGCCAAGGCACCAACUCCUCAGGCACUGACGAUCCCAGACAUGCCAGGUUCGAGAAGGCAUAGCCGAGCGCGCUUGUCCAACAUUUCUGGUCUGUCAGCCUCGGUCUCCGGCUUUGGUGCGCAGAGUUUUGGCUUGUCCAGCCAUGACAUGCCAGCGAUCCCUCCCAACGUGCGCGUGGAGGAGCUGCGGGGGCGAAGGAAGCAGACCAUGCGGAGUUUGGCGGGUCGACAGGGCAUGGGCUUGGAUGACUCCGAGGAGGUCAACGUGAAAAUGAUUGAUCUGAAGAUGCACGAGUGUUGGAAAGUGAAGAAACCCACGGGGAAGCAGCAAGCAGGAGGUACCAACACGCGGCGCAUGUCGGUGGAAUUCGCCGCCCCGCAGACCACAGUGGCAAGCACUGCAGAGGUGGAGAAGAGCCACGGCGGGUUCAACCGAUGCGUGCUGCACCCGGGUGGUCUCUUCCGAACCGUUUGGAAUCUCAUGGUGGCACUUUGCGUCUUGCACGAUCUGGUUCUGAUCCCACUCUCCGCCUUCGAUUUAGUGGAGACAACUUUGCUUUCCGUUCUGCAGUGGUUGGUUCUUCUGUCCUGGAACUGUGAUUUAGUUGUGUCGCUCCUGACAGGGUUCUAUGACAAUGGCACGCUGGUCAUGGUGCCAACACAGAUUUGGAUCCACUAUGCCAAAACCUGGAUGAUCUUCGAUCUGAGCCUGAUCACCCUGGACUGGACGCUGGUGGCGCUGGGUGGCGCGGGCGCGGAGCGGGACUCCGAUCAGUGGCAGACGCUGCGGCUGCUACGGAGCCUGCGACUGGUGCGGAUGCUGCGGAUGAUCAAAUUGAGGCGGGCGCACGAGGCGUUUCAGGAGAUGCUUCACUCCCAGGCUUCCAGUUUGUACUUCGGUCUCGUCAGCAGUUUGGGUUACUUGCUGGUGCUGAACCACUUCAUCGCCUGUGGCUGGUUUGCGGUGAGCCAUUUGGAUAGCCAGGUGAACUGGGUCUUAGAGCUGGGCUUGGACUCACAGAGCGUCGCAUAUCAGUACCUAACCUGCAUGAACUGGGCCUUCGCCCAGCUUGGUGUGGGCUCGAGUAGCGCGAAGCCGGUGAAUUCCUUAGAGAUGGGCUUCUGCAUUUUGAUCGCCUUCCGCUCACUGAUGACCUCAGCCACAUUGAUCAGCACCGUGAGCAACUUGAUGGCUGGGCUCAGCAAGAUCAAGGAGGAUGAGAACACCGAGUUUCGCUUGUUGCGUUGCUACCUGAAGCAGAACGACAUUCCACAGCCCUUGAGCCAAAAGGUGACUCAAUUCCUCCAGCAUCAGUACAGCUUGCGACAGGAAGCUCGCUCGGCAGAUAUGGAGGUCCCCGUCCUGACGCUGCUGUCGAAGCAGCUGCAAGGCGAGUUGCAGUUCGCCAGAUAUCAUAAGGCCUUGUGUCAACUGCAAGUGGUGCACGAUUUGGAUCAAAUGCGUGACCUGCAAGUUCUACAGGUCAUGCAGCGGAUGUCCCGAACGGCCAUCAGCAAUACGGUGGUGGCCAGCAAAGAUGUGAUUUUUCUGGCUGGAGCCGAAGCCAAAGCUGCCUACUUCACUCAGAGCGGGUCCCUGACUUAUUUCCACGAUGAUGGGCAACAGACAGUGGACUGCAACUCUUGGAUUGCGGAAGUUUGCAUUUGGACGCCUUGGGUUUACAUGGGAGAUCUUGUGGCGGAGGAUGUGUCUCGCUUAGCCAUCUUGGAUGUGGAUGAGUUCUGCGAGACCUUGGGUGCCUCUUGGAUGACACAGAAUGCGGCGCGACGCUAUGCCGAAGACUUCCUGGAGAACAUGCGAAAGCAAACCACCUGGACGGAUAUCGUUAAGGUGAACUUUGACGAGGACGACAGCGUAGAGGCGGAAAACGCUGCCGAACCGCUCGGCUUUUGGACGCGACUCUUUGGUCGUCGUUUGGCGCCGCGGCUGCGGACGGUGGUGCCAAAGGAACCCGAGGAGCUGAGCUGA